AUGUCUGGGUUGACUCUCGGGGGUGGUUCUGGCCGUGUGCGACCGACACAAGCCGCUGCCGCUUUUCCCACCUCGCAUGAUUUCGCCGACCCUGAUCGCUCGUCCGUCGCCCGCAAUGCCAACCGGCCCUCCCGCCGUUUCGCUGCACCUCCGCAGCUGUCCGACGACUUCUCGCUCGAGUCACCCACUGAUUCCGCUCAAGUUCACGACAACCUCCUCCAGGACGCUUUAUUCCCCGAAUGGAAGGCCAAUUCUCCUCGAGGGGUCGACAGCCCUGAUGAGAUGCAGAAGAAGGAUCCGUUAGCGACUCAAAUAUGGAAGCUCUAUUCUAGAACGAAAGCUCAGUUGCCCAACCAAGAGCGCAUGGAAAAUUUGACCUGGCGGAUGAUGGCUCUGAGUCUGAGGCGUCAGGAAAGAGAGCGCGCCCAGCAGCAAGCCCGUGCCUCCAGCCAAAAGAGUCCUGUUCCUGGCAUGAGUGGCAUCGCUCAGCUCCGUCUGUCUGAUCGUGUUUCCAAUACCCCGACCACAACUGCAGAUACUGUCUCAGAUGCUAUGAACCUUGACGACUUCAUCAUCCCUUUCUCUCCGUCUGACCACCCAUCUCCCUCCACAACGAAAGCCUCCGAAGCCACUACUGGUGCUAUACCUAUCAAAGCCCGCAGGGAUCAGUCCGCGUCGGAAGCCACCCCAGUACCUGCAUCUUUCCCUCACCCGGCCCAGGAUCAGCGGAGGGAGAGUGAGUUCGGAUACGUACCGCGUAGAGUGCGCAAGACGAGCAUCGAUGAGCGUCAAUUCUUCAACCUGCAGAUUCCGUCCCGCAAGCGGCCGGCCGAGUCCUCGCCUCACGUACCGCCUGUGUCCACCAGCAUGCUAGCUCAUGACCCGGAUUUCUCACAUGCUGUACCGGAGUAUACCUUGGAUACUUCGCAUGGACUGUCUCUACAGAAUCAGAUGAACGCUCAGCAGCUCGCCAAUGCUCAGAACCACACCUCCCCCAAUAUGGCGUUCGCUCUGGAUACUUUCAACCUGGGCGACGAUCCUAUCCUUCCAUCUGCUGGUCCUUACCAGCAGCAAUUCACUUUCUCGCCCAGCGAGUCACCGAUGACCAGCGGUAACCCGUUUGCCAACCUCUACGCUCAGACUCCGAUUGCCUCUUCACUCAACUCAACCGACUUCUUCUCUCCUCCGCCGUCCGGCUAUCAGUCGACUGCUUCGACUCCUCAGCCUGCGUAUGAUGGCGAACACUCCAAGUAUUUUGAUAUGCCCGUCGACGCGCGGUCGCAACGCCGGGUUGUUCCCGCUUACAUUACUCAGCGAUCAUCGAAUUUGUCUGCCUCGCUGCAACCUCGAUAUAUGUACAACCAGGGUGGUUCGUCCCAGGAUAUUACACAGCAGAAUGCCCAUAUGGGGGCCCAGUCUUCAUCCAUGCAAUCCCCUGGCUUUUCUAUCCCGCAGCAUGUUGAUCCAACGCAAGUGUUGAAUCCGAACGAGUUUAACGGUAACCACGCCGCAAUGUUCAGUUUCGGCGCCGACUCGGAUGUUGAAGAUGACGAUGGGAACCAAUUUUCGGCCGGAGGACUGGCAAUGCCAGCCGAGUUCGGCGACGACAGUAUCAGUGACAUGAAUAGCAACAUGGCGUGGGAGACAUCAUAUCCCAACUCUUUCCAGUCGCUGCCUGCUUUUGCUGCACAGCACCGAAAGCAUGUUACCAUCGGGUCUGCGGACAUGAUGGAUACCCCGAGCGAGUGGAACCAGGGCGGAAGCCUAGGUCGAACUCACGAGUCGGCUGCGUCAGUCAGCGAGGUGCGCAAUCGGGAUCAAGACCCUCGACGGCAGAAGAUCGCUCGCACCUCGUCCACUCCAAACACAGCCCAACUACUACGCCAGAGCAUGCAGAACCAAUCGUCCCACACGUCUCCCAACACUCCGCCCGAGUCGGGUCUAAACAGCGCUGCUCCAUCGCGGCCCGCCAGUCCAGGCGGGACCAAGAACGGAGAGCAGAAUGGUCCCACCACCUGCACGAACUGCUUUACGCAGACCACACCGCUGUGGCGGCGUAACCCUGAAGGUCAGCCGCUGUGCAACGCCUGCGGUUUGUUUUUGAAGUUGCACGGCGUGGUGCGCCCACUGUCGCUCAAGACCGAUGUGAUCAAGAAGCGUAACCGCAACAGCGCCAAUAGCCUUGCCGUUGGCUCUUCACGGGUAUCCAAAAAGUCAGCCCGCAAGAACUCGGUUCAGCAGGUAACUCCGACUGCGCCUACCUCGAGCCGGGCCCAAAGCAAUACGACAUCCGAGUCUCCCCCAGCAAUGCCGGGUAGCUCCGGCCGAGGCUCUGGAGUCGUUCCUAUUGCGGCUGCCCCGCCUAAAUCUAGCUCAGCGGCGACUACGUCUCCGGGCACAAACAACGGUUGUGGUGCGGUACAGGUGGCUCCUAAACGUCAGCGUAGGCUGGAAAAGGCCUCUGAUGUUGAUAUGGCGGAAAGCCCGUCCAGUACCUCGUCCGGUGGACGAUCCAAGGUUGUUCCAUUGGCGCCGGCUAUGCCUCCAGCGGCCGUCAACCCAGCCAACCACAGUAUCGCUGCUGGUCAGGGCGCAAGCCAGGAAUGGGAGUGGUUGACGAUGAGUUUGUAG